AACAAAACACUUUUCCGUCCUGCGGAGUUCAGGCAUUGUUUCUAGUCGGAUCUUUUCGAGUGACGGACACAUCAGACAAGCGGCAGCAACGUAAGCCUCACUUUUGAGAGCUUCACCACGAAACUUGGUCAGAUCGUUACGUCAGUGAAGACCCUCUUACCCUUAAGCAGCAGGGGUGGAACUCCAGGAUGGAGCAGGAGGAACCACAGCCUAUCCACAUUAAAGGGGAAAGGGAGGGGCCCCAGCCUCCCAACAUUAAAAAGGAAGAAGAAGGGCCCCAGCCUCCGCGCAUUAAAGAGGAAGAGGAGGAGCCACAGCCUGCGUACAUGAAAGUAGAAGAAGAGGAGGAACCAAAACCUCACCACAUUAAAGAGGAAAAGGAGGAGCCACAGCCCCUCCACAUAAAAAAGGAAGAGGAGGAGCCCCAGCCACCCUACAUUAAGGAAGAAGAGCAGGAUCAUGGCAUCAGUCAGGAGGGAGAGCAUCUUGAAGGACCGGAGGAGUUCCCAGAGAUUGGUGUCCCUGUGACGAAUGAGGAUGUUGAGGACAAAGGUCAAAGUGAGGAGAAGAGAGAGGUGGAGCCUGCAAGCAGCAGCUCCACUCAUCACAUGACAACAGAAGCUGAUGGAGACCACUGUGGAGGAUCACAAGCAGACAACCUCUUAGCUCCACUAUCAGAUAGUGACGACAUAACGUCACACUCUCCUGACACUGAUGAUGAAGACUCUGAAGCUGAUAUGACAUGUCACACUGACAACACACGCUGGAAAUGCUCUCAGUGUGAUAAAACUUUUGUUUACAAGAGAAAUCUGAAAAUGCACAUGAGAUAUCACAAAGGAAAGAAACCUUUCACCUGCUCCGUUUGUGGUAAAAUAUUCUCCCAGCGGUCAAAUCUGAAAGUGCAUAGAAGAACACACAUUGGAGAAAAAGCUUUUCCUUGCACGACGUGUGGCAAAAGGUUCUCUCGGCGGUCGUGUUUGAAAGAACACGCAAGAAUACACACUGACAAUAAACCUUUUACUUGCACGGUGUGUGGUAAAAGGUUCUCUAGAAAGGAUGUUUUAAAAACACACACAAGGAUGCACACUGGAGAGAAACCUUUUUCCUGAUCGUUUGUGGUAAAGAAUUCACUGAGAAGUCGCAUUUGAGAAAACGCACAAGAAUACACGCUGGAGAGAAACCUUUUUCCUGCGCAGUUUGUGGUAAAAGUUUCAUUCGGAAGAUAACUUUGACAGUGCACACACUUGAGGAAAAAAUAAAUUGUUGUUUAACGUGUGAUCAGGAACUAUGAAUAAGCAAGACAGUAUGUCGCGCCCUGUGAUUUACACGUUAACGGAAUCUACGUGAAAACUGACAAAGUCAGUGAAGUGCUGUCAACGUGAAAAGGAACUCCUGUGUGGGGGAAGUAUUUCCACAGCCAACCGUUCGUUCGUGGCGGCAUCUCUUCACAAAAUCCUUGAACGCUCAUGUUGUCAAAAAACGUAAUUUUGAUGCUCUCUAUGUCCUUGAUCUAUGGUGAAUUAACA